UAUGAUAUGGCACAUUAUAUCAUAUGGUCAAUUUGAUGAAUCAUGAUAAUAAAUAUUUAAUGAUAAUUACAUGAAGGCACAUUUAAUCAAAUUUGCUUGUGAGGAUGAUUACAUGAUACUUAUUUAAUCAAUAUACUUGUUCUUGAUGAUGAUUACAUAACACCUAUGUAAUCGAUGUACUUGAUGCAUGAUUCUAAGACGCAAGGACGAGCCUUGAACUAUGAGAUUCGCCCAUUUGGUACGACGAACUCACGCAGAAAUAGGGGUGGUACUUAAGUACCAUGUACGUACACUAAGCCCGGUCCGUGAUGUCGGACUGCUAAGUCCCGCACAAUCACAACUAUAAGAGACGCAAUUAUGCAUGAUCUCUUACACAUGCACAUGAUGUGAUAUGCUUCAAUAUAAAUGAUGAAAUGAAUGACAUGAUGUGAAUAAUUUGCAAACAAUAUGAAUAUAUAAUCAUGCAUUAGUUUAAUUUAUUUGGAUGAAACAUGAUUAAAAUAUCAUUUAAAUAAGUAACGGGGCUCGGAACGGUCGACCGUGUGACGCGGCGGUCAACCUUGAUCUUCAUCUCGUCGGGCUGGCGGAACACCGUGACGGUCGACUGUGGUUGACCGGCGGUCGACCGUUGUUGACUUCCUAGGAACGGCGGUCCACAGUUGGAUGGGCGGCGGUCGGCCGUCAACCACCGGCGGUCGACCGUUUGGCUGACAGUCGUGGUUCGUUUCGAUGUUUAAUACGACGGUCGACCGUUUGCGUUGACUGUUUGGGUCUGCGAAUGUUUCUCUUGAUAUUUUGAGUGUCCAAAAAUACUUCUUUAAGUCUUUUAAACACCUUUGAUUAAUAUAUACAUAUUUUUGGGUUGAUUUCAAAUGUUUAUAUAUGCUCAUGUAUUUAUAUAAUAACUUUAUGGAUUUGGUGUAUUAUGGUCUUAACACAAAGAUGACUUAUAUAUGCACCACAUAUAUAUUUUGGAAUGAUUUCAACAAAUGGAUUAACAUAUAUGUUCAUGUACGCAUGUGAUGAAUGAUUCGACAAGUCUAACGCAAAGGUACAGACCUGGAAAUCAUUGGCCAAAACCUUACGGAUGAGAGGGAGUGGAAACAACAUUGAAAUUUGCCAAUUUUGUCAUUUCCGUCACAACUGGACAGCCUGCGGUAAUUUGGGCAUAUCUCCAUCGUUUCUUCACGGAAUUGUAAACCGUUUGAUUCUGUGGAUUCCUAAGAUGUAAGGCUACAUUUUUCGUAUAGAAAGUAUUUCGUUUUAACAGAUGUAAGAUAGCGUAAAUCGGACCUGAAGUCAAUGGAAAGUUGCUGUCCAGAAUUUCGGCUAUGUCGAUGAACACGAUUCCGACGAUUAACUCACUAAUUUCAACAUUCCAACGCCGAACCCUCUCUACGAUACCUUCUGGAUGUUCCUAAUAAUUUUUAGAGAGUUUAUGUUUCAGAGUCUAUAUAUAUCAAAUUGGGCAAGAGUGUCUCACAUUCUCACAUUAUGGAAGGAACUUCUCAAGCUCUUCCUAAUACCAUAAGAUUCGUUGGUCUACUUGGUAGUCAUGCUCUUGGUAGCAAUCCAAGGUUCAUGGCUACAGCGGUUGAUCUAGGACGGGAGUUGGUAAGGCGAAAAAUCAGGCUUACCUACGGAGGAGGCAACGUUGGCCUUCAAGGAGCUGUAGCUUCAACAGUCUAUAAUAAUGGUGGUAGAGCCAGAGGUUUCAUACCAGGGUAUAUAGCAACACGAGGGGUCUAUGGACCAACAUAUGGUGCAGAGUACACUGUCUCCAGUAAUUACUACAAGUAUUUCGAGAUGAAUCAUAUUGUGGAAGCCUUCAUUGUACUUCGUGGAGGAAUUGACACUAUGGAAGAUUUAUUCACUUUGAUCUCAUGGGCAUCCGAAGGGUUACACAGUAAACCCAUUGGUCUUUUGAACAUUGACGGUUAUUUCAAUAACCUAAUCAAGUUUCUAGAUGAUGCGGUGAGGCAGAACUUCAUGGCUUUGAAUCAGAGGAAACUGUUCAUUUCUUCUUUCUUUGUUGAUGAGCUUUUGGACAAGCUAGAGUUUGCUAAUGCUUUCCCAUGUCCUGGUGCUAGUUAUGAUGAGUUUGCAAAUCCUGGAAGGAUGAUUACAUGAUACUUAUGUAAUCAAUAUACUUGUUCUUGAUGAUGAUUACAUAACACCUAUGUAAUCGAUGUACUUGAUGCAUGAUUCUAAGACGCAAGGACGAGCCUUGAACUAUGAGAUUCGCCCAUUUGAUAUGACGAACUUACGCAAAAUAGGGGUGGUAAUUAAGUACCAUGUACGUACACUAAGCUCGGUCCGUGAUGUCGGACUGCUAAGUCCCGCACAAUCACAACUAUAAGAGACGCAAUUACGCAUGAUCUCUUACGCAUGCACAUGAUGUGAUAUGCUUCAAUAUAAAUGAUGAAAUGAAUGACAUGAUGUGAAUAAUGAUUAAAAUAUGAAAUAUAUUCAUGCAUUAGUUUAUUUGGAUGAAACAUGAUUAAAAUAUCAUUUAAAUAAGUUACGGGGCUCGGAACGGUCGACCGUGUGAUGCGGCGGUCGACCUUGAUCUUCAUCUCGUCGGGCUGGCGGAACACCGUGACGGUCGACUGUGGUUGACCGGCGGUCGACCGUUGUUGACUUCCUAGGAACGGCGGUCCACAGUUGGACGGGCGGCGGUCGACCGUUAGCCACCGGCGGUCGACCGUUUGGCUGACAGUCGUGGUUCGUUUCGAUGUUUAAUACGACGGUCGACCGUUUGCGUCGACCGUUUGGGUCUGCGAAUGUUUCUCUUGAUAUUUUGAGUGUCCAAAAAUACUUCUUUAAGUCUUUUAAACACAUUUGAUUAAUACAUACAUAUUUUUGGGUUGAUUUCAAAUGUUUAUAUAUACUCAUGUAUUUAUAUAAUAACUUUAUGGAUUUGGUGUAUUAUGGUCUUAACACAAAGAUGACUUAUAUAUGCACCACAUAUAUAUUUUGGAAUGAUUUCAACAAAUAGAUUAACAUAUAUGUUCAUGUACGCAUGUGAUGAAUGAUUCGACAAGUCUAACGCAAAGGUACAGACUUGGAAAUCAUUGGCCGAAACCUUACGGAUGAGAGGGAGUGGAAACAACAUUGAAAUUUGCCAAUUUUGUCAUUUCCGUCACAAUUGGACAGCCUGCGGUAAUUUGGGCAUAUCUCCAUCGUUUCUUCACGGAAUUGUAAACCGUUUGAAUCUGUGGAUUCCUAAGAUGUAAGGCUACAUUUUUUGUAUCGAAAGUAUUUCGUUUUAACAGAUGUAAGAUAGCGUAAAUCGGACCUGAAGUCAAUGGAAAGUUGCUGUCUAGAAUUUCGGCUAUGUGGAUGAACACGAUUCCGACGAUUAACUCACUAAUUUCAACAUUCCAACGCCGAACCCUCUCUACGAUACCUUCUGGAUGUUCCUAAUAAUUGUUAGAGAGUUUAUGGUAGGUAUUUGGAAUGAAAUAAUAUGAAUUUGGUGAAGAAAAUGGUCCAACCCGAGGAGCUCGCCACCACUGGCGCAGUCCCGGUAUUUUGGCCAUAUCUUCUUCGUUACUUAGCGAAAUCGCAAGCCGUUUGUUGGCCUGGAUUCGUAUCGUUCGGGGCUACAACUUUGGUUUAAGAAGUAUUUCGAGAUAAUGGAUGGAAAAUUUCAGUUUUUACCUAGAAGUGGGCUGCUGUGUUUGAACUCAGGAUUUUAGAACUUUGGAUGGUUUUCUUGCUUCUUCUUCUUCCUUGAACCAACUAUGGAGAUGAACUUUCUUUUCUUUUCCUUUGGUUUGGCCGACAGAGAGAGAGUGGAUAGGGGAG